CAAGCACCAACAGAGCCCAAACGGGUCAACUCGGAGGUUUCAAGCGGGGGCCCGGCGAGCAACAACAACUACCAAACUGUAUUCUGCAAAGACACCAUGAAGCAUUUUUUAAUGGCCGGGCGUGGAACUAUAUUUGGAAGUAUUUGAAAAUUGAAAGUGGAGUUUUACUGUAAGAUUAGUGAAGAGACUAAAGAUGCAUGUGGGAGGGGGGUAGCUGGACAGCGCAAGGAACUUCAUUCAGUUCUCUGAAUUUAGGGUCUGGGCACAAGGAUUUGUCCAUUGAGAAACACAAGUAUGUGGAUCUUACUCUGAUGAGUCUACAUUUGUCAUUUGUAGUUUAGACACACUGAAAUUUUGGAAAAGAUGUAGCAAGAAAGGUACAGUUUUGAUACAAUUUCUUGGUAGCAUAUUGUUGUUGCUUUGACAUGACAAAUGGUCCCUUCGAAAUUAAAAUGGCCGGGGCCAUGUGUCAGUGGACUCACUGCUGUUGGUACUGUUUGAUUAUUAUCAUUCCUCUGCCUUUUGUCCUUGCAAUAAUAAUAAUAAUAAUAAAAUGGAAAAGAUGAUUGCUGUGGGCUCUUCCAAUUUACCUCCCAAACAUUGUUGAUGUGGUUGUCUGUCCUCCUGCCCUACCUGUAUCCGUAUUUGUCCAUGUCCCCUUCAACGCAAUCAAGCCACCCCCACCCCCGCCUCGUGUGUACACGCACCACCACUCCAAUCAACACGUUGUCAUCUACCAUAACUUCCAUCAUGCGUGGCCGGCGACAUGUGAGCCCUGGAGCAACACAGUGCUGGACGUUUCCGGGGAUAAAAUCCAUGGAGGAAGAAACGAGAGCAGCUUAAAUAGCCCCGCACCCCUCGCGUUUCCCUGCCUUGGUCGCAACAACUUCUCAGCAGGCUUGGCUUGGCUUGCAGCUUCGUUCUCCCGUGUGCAGCUCACACCAUACCACUGUGCUGCUGUGCACAUCUCCAGCUCGGGCCCUUUAUAGCCCAGCCUUUUUCUGGCCCCGUGAUAAUUUGAGAGAGAGAAGGGAGGACAGGUAGGGGGGAGAGCUGAGGAGGCAUGGCCAUGGAGAGUGAGGAGGGCGCCGCACUCUGUGGCCACCAAGAAUCGGCAGCGGCGGCCGUGAAGGGAGGAGGAGGGGGCGGCAAGAGGAGGAAGGGGCAGAGGAGAGGGGGAGAAGGCGGGGAGAGGAGGAAGUACAGGCUGGUAAGCUACCACGAGCUGCCGGACUACAUGAAGGAGAACGAGUUCAUCCUCAACUACUACCGCUCCGAGUGGCCCAUCCUCAAUGCCGUCCUCAGCCUCUUCUCCUGGCACAACGAGACCAUCAACAUCUGGACGCAUCUCCUUGGCUUCAUGCUGUUCUUCGGCCUCACCCUGGUGCAUCUCGGCCAGUACUUCCCCCAGGUUGCUGAUCUGAUUGGGCACCUUUCCUGGCCAAUCUCAAAGGUUACUGAAAAUGUCUCCAGCAAUAUUGGGGAUGUCUUAUCGGGAGCGGCGAUGUUCAUCCAGACGAACCCGACCCUGGCCUCGUACGGCAUGGCGGUGACCUCGCAGACGACGCGGUGGCCCUUCUUCGUGUUCCUGGCCGGCGCCAUGUUCUGCCUGCUGAGCAGCAGCGCGUGCCACCUGCUGUCGUGCCACUCCCACCGGCUGAACCUGUUCCUGAUCCGGCUCGACUACACGGGCAUCGCCGUCAUGAUCGUGGUGUCCUUCUUCCCUCCAAUCUACUACAUCUUCCAGUGCGAGCCGCACUGGCAGGCGGCGUACCUGUUGGCGAUCACGGCGGCGGGCGUGGGCACGGUGUACGCGCUCAUGUCCCCGCGGCUGAGCGCCGCCCGGUACCGCGCCCACCGCGCGCUGCUGUUCGUGGGGAUGGGCCUGUCGGGGGUGGUGCCGGCGGUGCACGCGGCCGCCGUGAACUGGCACGAGCCCCGGCGGAACGUGACGCUGGCGUACGAGGGCGCCAUGGCGGCGUCGUACCUGGCGGGCACGGCGUUCUACCUGACCCGGGUGCCCGAGCGGUGGAGGCCCGGGGCGUUCGACCUCGCCGGGCACAGCCACCAGAUCUUCCACGCGCUCGUCAUCGCCGGCGCGCUCGCGCACUACGGCGCCGCCAUCGUGUUCCUCAAGGCCCGCGACGAGAUGGGCUGCCCGGCGUAGCGCAGCCGCCGGAAGAGAUCGUUUUGUUCUACAGCUUUACUUACAGCAGCAGCAAGUGUGCAAUAUUGAAAUUACUACCGUCUUCCGAUGAGUGACAGUUGAUUGUCGUUACAGAUUCGUUCUCAAUUUGUACAUAGAAAGAAGAUCAUGAACCAUGAUUAAUUAAGUUGUUAAUCGAUUCUUUCUCGGUUUGAAUCCAA